GAGACGCACGGGAAAAACCGGUAUUUUUUUUGUUUUAUAAGUAAACUAUUGUGCAACUAAAAACGAAAGUUUAUCUUGAGCUAGAGGAUGGAUUUUUAAGCAACCAUGGGGCUAAGAAAAAUAAUAUAUUUACUAUUGUUUGUUACGUUUGGUAAUUCAUCUGAAUCAGAUAAAAGCGCCAUGGAGAAUAAGACGGCCUCGGGAAAUCCAUCAAGCGUUUUACUGGAAAUAUUAAAUCAAGAAAGUCUUGUACGGUUUUCUAUGGUGCAGAAAAUUCAAAAACUGGUCAUGGAUGUCAUUGACAAUAGAAGAAUGACUCAAAAUGUUAAGAAAAGACUUCAAAAGGUGAUAGAGGAUAUAAAGACAUUGGAAAACAGAGAACAAAACUUGGAGAUCGAAAACUCUCAUCUCCGUCAGAAGUUAGAUGUUCUAAAUGAGACUGUACAAAUACACAAGAGGAUGUCAAAAGAAGGGACAACAAAUAUACAUGUGAUGAUUGCGGAAUUAAAGUUGAAAUUGGAUGACGUUAAUAUACGAUUACAAAGGCUGGAAAGCAUCAAUGAGGGGCCAUCUGUGUCAGUCAACGAAACACUGGGGGAUACUGUAUAUCCUAUGGACUGCCUUGAGGUUAUGGACCAGGGACAGAGACCCUCGGGUAUCUAUAGGAUCUAUCCGUGGAACAACUCUACAUAUAAAGAAGUACUGUGUGAUAUGAAGACCAUGGGAGGAGGAUGGACGGUUUUUCAAAAGCGGCUUGAUGGAUCUGUGUCUUUCUCUAGGAACUGGACUGAAUAUCAGAAUGGUUUUGGGAAUGAAUCAACUGAAUAUUGGUUAGGAAAUGAUGCAUUACACGCUCUAACUCUAAAAUCCUCUUCCUUGUACGUCAAGUUACAACAUACAAAUGGAAGCCAUUACUUCCAGUAUUACUCUGACUUCCGGGUCAGUGGCGCUGAUGAUGACUAUAGAUUACAUUUGGGAUCUUACUCUAACGGAACAGCAGGAGACAGAUUGAGGUAUAACAAUGACCAAACUUUUAAGACCCCGGAUCACUCUCUAACAACCGGAUGUUUCAUUUCUUACACGGAAGGGGGGUGGUGGUUCCGGAACUGUCACGCGGCCUAUUUAAAUGGAGUGUAUGGGUCCGGAAAAUGGGUCAAUCCCUGGGACGGAACAAUAGAAUAUGGUGAAGAUUUUCGUUCAUCCCAAAUGAUGGCUAGAAGACACAACUAGUUCAUAUU